UAGUCUAUCACGACUAUUCCAGUCCAAGCACUAUCACCCAUCUAUUCAAAUCCGAUCAGCUUUGAUCCUCGAUAAAAUCCCAUUCUAACUCCCCACACACAACCAUGUCGCUUGCAGAUUACCUUGCGCAGAACUACCUCAAUCCAGACAAGAAGAAGAAAAAGAGAAAGGCCGAAAGCAGCUCCACAAUUAUCGUUGCAGAUGCCGCUGAAUGGGACCAUCCCCAAAUCAGCGACGAAGAACCCGAAGGCGAGGGCCCUGUAAGAAUCGAAUCGGCGGUCGUGACAAGGGAAUCGCGCGGCUGGAAGAACUUGGAAACGGGUAAAAUCCUCAAAACCCCGAGAAUCGUGGAAGGUGUGGUGACAAUGGCUAAUGGUGCGGUGGCAGGUUUGCAAACGGGCCAGGCGGUGGAAGACUCGAUUAAUCAGAAACAGGCGGACGAGCUUCAUCGGAUGCUCACGGAGAACCCCGACCUGUUGGGGAAAGACUCCGCGACAAUAUAUCGUGACGCGUCGGGACGCCGCGUGGACGUCGCGAUGAAACGCGCAGAGCUUCGCGCACAGAUGGAGAGCGACGCGCGCGCUAAGGAGGCCAUACAGCGCAGUAUCAACACCGGAGCUGUGCAGCUUAUCGAGCAGGAGGAGGAGCGAGCGCAGUUAGAAAAAGCCAAGACACGGCCUCUCAAUCGGUACGCUGGAGACAAGGAACUUAAUGACGAGUUGAGGCAGAAGGAGCGAUAUGAGGAUCCUGCGUUCAACUUUUUACCCAGUGCCACGAAGGAUGCGCGCUCCAAAACGGGGCGGAAGUUGUACAAGGGAAGCUAUCCCGCGAACCGGUUUAGCAUUCCGCCAGGCUACAAGUGGGACGGCGUAGACCGCUCUAAUGGGUUUGAGGAACAGUGGUAUAAGAAGCAGAAUGAGGUGAUUGAGCGGAAAACCCUUUCGUACACCAUGCAAGAGGAAUAUUAAGGGGAUAUUACCUUCAAGGGAAUGCUCAAUUGCUGUUAGACCAGGUCUCCAGAGAUGGAGUUUGUAAAAAGAAUUGUAAUGACUAUGGCUGAUCUAAUUCGGAGUUUUUUCCGGACUAUGUGGUCAAGUGAAGGGUAACAAGGUUGUGGGGCGAAGCAGAUCUGUAUACGGAGAAUAUGCCGUGUCCGAGGGGCCACAGCCAGGCUUCCCUGCGAGACUACGCACCUCCGAGCUAUCUAACCCACAACCUCUUGCACCUUAUAUAUUAAUCCAAUAUUAAACCUACCUCUUUCCGGAUUUAC